AUGGCAACAAAAGGAGAGAAUCCCGAGGACAAGGCUGACUCAAGCACAUCGGACUGGUGCUUCGAACCUUUCGUCGAAGCGCCUCUACGCUGGGAAGCAGAGUCGAAAGACCCACUGUGGAAUCUGCGAAGGCAAUUUCCGCCACCUGGUCAACCGCUCGAGAAGUCCAUCCGACCGGAGAGAAGUGGGAAGGCAACUCGAGCUGGAUCUAGCCCCUUACGCACAGAAGUCAGACCUGAGGAGAUCUCGACUUGUGAUGGUAGUAGCUGGGACGAUGAUUGGGGUGAUAAUUAUGUCACACUCGGCGAGGAGCUCGAGAAAGCAGGACCCGAGAAGCCGGAUGAGGUCAGAGCAUGUGAGGCAGAGAUGGCUGCUGAAUACAAGGCUUGGUUGGAGGAGAGUCCCGACGAAGAUGAGAAUCGUGAUACAAGCCUGCAGGCCUGCGAGAUGACGAGGCCAUUUGCAUCAAUCGAGAAGUUGCCGGAGGAUAUCAGCUGCACCCUCUCCUCCACGACCUGUACAGCUGCUCCAUCAACAUUUCAACCAGCUCCACCUUGUGCCGAAACAUCAUAUCUCAUUUCCACAGCACAUCCGACUCCCUCCGAUAAUACCCAGCCAGUAACACCAAUGAAGUUCACACCACCUCAUCUUCGCUCGAAAACAGGUCAAAGUAUCACGGCCCGGUUCGUGGGCCAGGCGACGCCGAUUAUGGCUUCGCCACAAUCAGCAGAACGAAAAGUCCAGCCACCACAUUUGAGGCGCAAGGCCAGGACUACGAGUAUGCGGAGGAAAGCACGGGACAAUGAGGAUGCGAGUCUGCUGGAUGGGGUGAAUAACCUGCCUGCGUGGCACGCUAUCGAGGCGUGA